AAUUCGAAUCGCCUUUUUAAUCUUUCAUGCAAGUCAUACUUCCAUCAACCAUUUAACGCCAACUCCUAUGCUUCUGCGGUGCUUUCUCUGGCUAAAAAAUCGAAUCUGCUCCUUCAUUUGAUUAAUGGUGUGGUAUUUUUCCAGAUAUUCGAUGAUGAAACAAGGCUCAUUCGUGCGCAAACGGCGUCUCUUUUGAAACGGAUUCACAACCCGGUUCCUCGUGUUCAGCGAUACAGCUGGCCUCUGGCGGUGACACCAAAAUACUACGAUGACGGUCUACCCGCGCGACUCUCCAACGAUAACUACAUUCACAAGUUGCUAAUCACCUCGUCCAGAAAUCCGAGAGUCGAAUACACGAGUUACUUCACCGAGCCAGUCAGGAAGUAUAUCGGCCAAGGUCAUCUCUCGUGUAUCUCAUAUGCAGGCGAGAGGGCCUACAAUCGUCGCCCUCACAUUUACUUAUAUGAGGAUCCCCUGAGGAAUGAUAUUCAACUGUUGAGCUACUACAUCAACAAGUUCAAGCAAGACAAGGCAAUUACUGGAUCGUCUGCACCCGAACCCACCAAAGUUCCACUUUCUCCUGCCCGGCCUUCCAGGAAAUUCACAGCUCAGAGUACGGAAGACAAAACAGCAGACGAAGAGAUGAGAAAGCUGAGAGAAGCGCGUGCUGCACGAUUGGCCUUCAUCAACGAAGAGGCAAAGCUAGAGAGAACUUCAGUUGAAGUGGACGAUGCAGUCAAAGCCAAAAAGAAGAAGGAGGAAGAGAGGUUAGCUGAAGAGAAGGCCUUGGCUGAAGAACAGGCUAGACAAGAGUUACUGGCGAAGAAAGAAGAGGCUGCAAGGAGAGCAGAACUGGCAAGACAAGAAGAUUUGGCAGCUCAAGCAGCAGCAGAGAGGGCCGCUGAACUUGAAAGGCAAGCGGAACUAGCCAAGCAAGAGGAAUUGGCUAAACAGGCUGAGAUAGAACGCGCACGCAAACUGGAAGAGGAACGUCUGCGCCAAGAAGAAGAACGCCGACGAGCAGAAGAAGCCAAAGCCGAAGAAGAACGAAAGCAGCUUGAACGCCUGGAAGAAUUAGCCAGACAAGCCGAGGAAGAAAGGGAAGCAGAGCUCGCACGACAAGCCGAAGAGCUUGCCGAAUUAGCGAGACAAGAAGCAGAGUUGGCAGAACAAGCUCAGAAAGAAGCAGAGCUGGCAGAGCUCGCUAGACAAGAAGAAGAAUUAGCCGAACUGGCCAGACAGGAAGCUGAGCUGGCUGAGCUGGAAAGGAAGGAGAAGGAGUUAGCUGAGCAAGCCGAGCAGGCAAGAGAAGAGGCAGAAGCUGCUAGAAAGGAGGCGGAACUUGCGGACUUAGCUAAGCAGGAGGCUGAACUGGCAGAGCAAGCGGAACUAGAUACUUCAGAGGCAGAAGCUGAAGCAAUAGCAGCAGAAGAGUCAGAAACUGAGGUAGAGGCGGGAGAACUUCCUUUGGAAGAAGAAUCCGUACCAGUAGAGGAAACCACCGCUGAAGAGGAGGUUGAAGAAGAAGAAGAGGACGAAGACGCUAGACAACAAAGGGAAAUGGACGAACUCGUUCGUCAGAAGUUUGAACUCGCUGAGCUUGAGAGACAACAGGCGGAGCUUGACGCGCUUGAUGCCGAAGCUAAAGCUCUAGCGGGCGAUGACGAUGCUGCUGCCGACGAUGAUGAAGAGCCAGCCAUAGCUGAAGAUACUCCAGUUCCUUCAGAUGUGGAGGAAUGAAGACUUCACUGGUUAACUGAAUUUCAUCCAUAAGUUUAUUUUUAGGUUAAGAAUUCGAGAGUAGUUUAAUAUGUAUUUUCUUUAUUUAACGCUUGGUGGCUAUAGCAUUUAUUUUCUGCAUUUGGAACGGUUUCACUUUUCUCUCACUGUCCUUACUCUAAAAUUACCCUCUAAUAAGGAUUGAAUGGAAUAAUAACCCGAAAAAAGAAAAGGCAUCCAAGUUUGAGUCAAUGUUUCUGAAAGUGUAUCCAUACAGUGAAUACAGCUCAAAAUGUGACAAUAUCGAAAAAAAUUCAAUAUAUGCAGGAUCUGGAUAUAUUAUGGCUAAUGUAAGAUGCCCUGGAGUUCCUCAGACGUUUCGAAAGAAUGUAAAUAGAAUCACCAAGAGAUCUACACAAGUCGAUGAGUUUAGGCAAAUUUAAUGAAUACAAUAAUGGAGGUUUUCUACAGCAGCAAGUUUAAGAAUUAUACUAAAUUUUACCAUCGACUUUCCUUUUGAGGGUUUAUAUAUGAGUAAUUAUGUAGAAAACACUGUAGCUUAUUCUAUUGAUUGCUGGUAUUUUUGAAUUCGUGUAUUCGAUUUUUUUGAAUUCUGAUCAUUAUUUAUGGAAGUGAAAUAUUGAAAUAGAUAUUUUGAACUCUAGUCGGCUACAGAUAUCGAUUGGAUUGGAUGACGAUUUUCUUCAUGUUUAGGUAUAUUCGGAUAAUGAAAAUGAAAUAAUAUCAUUCUCAAUAGAAUAGACACUUCCAAAUGCACUUUUGGAAACUUGACUACAUCACCACUCUCCAUGAUUAACAGCUCCCCAUAAAAAUAAUUCACCUGCGCUACUGAUUUUGUGUUCAACAAAAGACGUAUUGAAACUGCAUGCGUCAUUGUUCAAUAAGAGCAGCACAAAAAAUUGUACUAAAAGUUGUAUCAACUUUUUGUUAAUGUGAUCAUUAUCGAUAAAUUGAAUGUCUCUUCUUAUUUAUUUCACUAAUGAUAUUGUUAUACGUUUUUUGAGGUUAUCAUUAUAUGUUAAUGUUGA